AUGGCACCAGCCCAGCUGUGUGCUCAAACACGUGCAUCGCGGUUCUUUAUUAAUCUCAGCAUGCCUGCAACUCUCCCGCCUUCAUCUGGAGAGGUAAAGAGUUUGAAGACAAGAGGAGAAAUAGGGAAGGGACAGAAAGGUUCAUCACACAAGAAGGAGGGCAGGAAGAUGAGAGAUGAAAGCCCAGAGCCAAUGGACAGCCAUAAGUGCAGAGUCUGUCGCUUUCCUUUGCUCGUCGCCAUACUACAGCUGCUGUUGGGGGUGGCCAUCACAGCUGUGGCCUUCCUUAUGUUGGCCAUCAGCCCCUCACUCCUGACCAGGGAGACGCCACACUGGGCUGGGAUCAUUCUGUGUUUGGUCUCCAUCGUGGGCUUCAUCCUGUACUGUAUCAACUACCUCCCUGAUGAGAGGUCAUCUAUGCAAUUCAUUGUCAAGUUCCUGUACUUUGUCCUGUGUGCCAUUGGCCUGGUCAUUUCAGUUGUGGUUAUGGCGUUUGCUGGACACCACUACUCACAGGCCAGUAGCUUCAGCUGUGACGAGGUGGAAGAGGCCUGCAUGUGCACACUGAACCCAGGGGACCCGAUAGCUCGCACCUUCACCUAUGAGGGAGUCAGUGACUGUGAGGUGAUCAAUGGGACGCUCACACUCUACUUCCUGCUCCAGAUUGUGCUGAACCUGGUACAAGCGCUCGUCUGUGCUGUUGGUGCCUUCAUCAUGUGGAAGCACCGCUACCAGGUCUUCUUCACUGGUCUGCAGAUUGGCUCUCCCUCCUUCCAGCAUUGGCAGAAGGUAUAAUGUCAUGACCAUGUCAGGUCGAGAUGAAGACAUGCCACCUGUGUGAUUACAUUCUUCAGGACAGGGACAUUUGCCUUUUUGUGUGUGCCUAUGUGUGUUUUCUUUUAUGUCAUAUUUGUUUUAUGUGGUGGUUAUAUUAUAAUGGCUUUUUGUACAAAUUCUGUAUAUUAUGUAACUUCAUACUUCCAGUUGCCACUGUUACGGAAAUCCUGAACAUAAAUAGAUGAAAAAAGAGGAAAAAACAACUGGUCUAUUUUUGAAAAGCAUAACCAAUUGCUCUUGUGACAUACAGUGUAUGUAACACAAGACAAUUUAUGAGCACAGAAUCGACCACAAAACUCUACAUGGUCUCUCAAAAUUUCCUUUAGUUUGAGCUACUGAGAUUUAAUAAUCAUGAUCAUUUUUCUUCAGUGAUGCUUUAGGUGGCACACUGAAUCACUGUGUUAUCAAAUUAUGGUUCACAAAUGUUAAAUGACACUGCCUCAAGUUUUUGAAAACAGCUUUCACACAGUAAAAAGAUCACACAUUGAUGAAUACAGAAGCCAAAAUCAGUGCAAAAUCUACUUUAAUCUGAAUUAUACAAAAAAAGAGCACAUGCUUUAUUAGUGUAUUGCUUUACAACCAGAAAAUUGCAUUGUAUGAAGCUUUUAACUAUAUAUUCUUUGCCACUAGCUGCUGUUGCAAAAACAGAACUUUAAAAAAAGCUGAUGAAUAACCUACUUUGUUUCAUUUGCUGCUCUUUAAUCUUAUGCAGAUUUGUGUGUAUUUUGUUUAAGGUCCUUGAUGGAAAACAAAAGCAAAGUAUUAAAAACCCUGUAAUUCUUCAAAAAGUCUAAUUACAUGCACCAAAAACUGUUUAAGACAACCUGGGCAGAGUACACUUCAUGAGACUGGAUUCUAGACUGGGGCUCCGAACUGGGCUGUGGCUUGCGAAGGUGGAUGCCAGGCCACUAGCCAGCAUGACUCAAACAGCCUGUAGGAGUCAAACUACUGCAGCCACAGAAGGGAGGGGGAAUGGGCUGUGGGGUGAGAAAAGGGGGACUCAGACAGGCAGCUGGACUGUAGCAACUAAAUCAUCUCAGUAUAUUUACAGAAUGAGGAAAGCCAUGAAACAACCAUGUUUCUUGUAGGUUUACUUUUCUUUUUUUUUUUUUUAAACAAGCUUGACAUGCGCAGCCUUAUGAAGGCUUUCAGUUAAAUUUUAUUCUUACCCUGCUCAGGCGCUGGCAGCAGUCACCUACAGUCUAACAUGCUGAGCAGGGAAUGGUGAACGUGAGGCAAUUUCCGUUGCGAAUUAGGUGGCACAUGUACUCUGAGGGAGGCUGUAAUAAGGGUGCAGUGUAACAUCUACUUUGUCAAUGAUGGGGGAAAAAAAGGUUGAUUGACUGGGGAUUAUAAAUAUGACUUAUUUUUCACAUAAGCCUUACAUGUCUCGAUUAGGAACUGGGCGUUUCAUCUGGAUAAAGAUGCUAAUAAGUGAAUUUUCUCUUUCAUGAAUGUCAUAUUGUUUCUGGUUACAAAUACACAUUUUGUGUCA